AUGGCUCUGACCCGCACUCUCCUGUUCGCCAGCUUGGCUUUGCAUGCCUUUGCCGACCUUGUCGUCCCUCCCAAAGCUGACCUCGCUACCCUUGGACCCGUCUAUCAAGCAGCGAAGAACAGCUCGUUCAAAGCCUUUGAGGACGCGGCGGCAAAGGCGACGGAGGCCAUCAACAAGAUAAUUGCGACUGGAAACAGCACCUUUGGGCCAUUCGACACUGAGACAACAUCGUUCUCCCUACAGGUUUUCAAUACGUUUGAUGCCAAACCUCUGUAUGAGUUCCAUUUUGAAGCUCCAGGUCUAAAUGGUUCCUACACCAAGGGCAAAUUGUCAGAAGACACGAUCUACAGAAGUGGCAGUCUUGGAAAACUCAUGACGGUGUACACGUUCCUGGUUGAUAUCGGAGACGACAUCUUUACGGAUCCGGUCACGAAGUAUAUCCCGGAGCUCGCUAGCGCACCUUUUAUAAACCCAAUACUUUCAACCAACUGGAGUGAGGUGACCAUUGGCGCCCUCGCCUCUCAAUUGUCGGGCAUCGGCCGGGACUAUCUCUCCAUCGAGACAUGGGGGCAACCGUCGGUUGAUGAGAUUGUUGCCGUCGGAUACCCAGAGAUUGAUCACUCAAAUUUCCCACCCUGCAACUUCUACGGACCUCAACCGAGCUGCACGCGCGAACAAACGUUGCAGGGCAUCGUCAAUCAUCCACCUGCGUUCAAAUCCUAUUCGACUCCAGCGUACUCCAAUCUGGCGUAUCUCCUGCUCGGACUGGUUUACGAACAGAUCACGGGACGCACCAUUGAUGAAGGACAGACUGACGUGUUCCACAACAAGUUGGGCGCAACUUCGUCCUAUCCUCGGCCUCCGACCAGUGAGGUCGAUGCAGUCAUCCCCUACAACGAUUCCUUUGCACUGUUCACCUACGAUCUAGGGCUCCUAUCUCCGGCUGGGGGUCAAUAUGUAACGACCAAAGAUCUGAGAACAUGGGGACAGGCCAUUCUGAAAAGCACCCAUUUGCCGCGUGCUCUGACCGGGCGCUGGUUGAAACCCAGAUCUUUUACUUCUCAGUGGGCAUCUGCCGUCGGUGCUCCAUUCGAGAUCUAUCGUCUAGAGAUCCCCUCGAAUGAGAUUAUCAAUGCAGGGCGAAUUGUGGACACCUACUGUAAGCAAGGCGACGUCGGACAGUACUCCACCUACUUUGGACUUGCCCCAGAUCUCGAAAUUGGAGUCUCGGUGAUGGCAGCAGGUGUCAGCCCGAACAGACAGGUACCUCCUGUUCGAGAUACCGUGAUCGAGCUGUUUUACCAAGCCGCAGAUGCCGCAGCCAAGGAGCAAGCCAGCCAAGCCUUCAGGGGCACAUUCAAAUCGAACGACGCCAACUCGUCGAUCACACUCACAGUAGACGACGGCCCAGGGGUCGCCGUGACAGGCUGGAUCAGCAACGGAGUCGAUUUCCUGGCCAACGACCUCUUCUCCGCAUACAGCAGCUUCCGCCUCUUCCCGACCAAGCUCACCUACGAUGAUGCCGGCAUUACUUAUUUCGCUUACCGUCUAGAAGUGUCGCGCUUUAACGGCGAGCCUGUCACUGGAGACUGGUGGUCCGAGUUUAAUGAUCUGUGGCUUCAAGUCGACAACUACAUCUACGCUAACUUGGCGACCGAUGCCUUUAUCAUCGGCUUUGACGCCAGUGGGCUCGUCCAGAGUGUUGCGUCGCAGGCUCUGCGGACCACGAUGCACAGGGCUGAGAUCGGCCAGGGCCAGCAUAUCAGAAAUUGA